AUGAAGACAAAAACAAUCUCCGCCAUCGUCGCCACCGCCUCCGUCGCUGCCCUCACCACCGUCUUUGGAUACGAUCCUCACUUUUUCCAGCCCCUCCUCCCCGGAUUCCAAAACGGGAUUAACAUUCCAGAAGCAUUCAUGAUGAGAUACUUAAACGAAGAGUUGAAAAAGAGGAGUAGAGAUGUCCCCGUAAUAAUCAGAAAGCAUAACAGAGAGUGGGUGAUUCAUCUCAGAGGCCGGAGACUCGAGAAGGGUUGGCCGGAGUUUGUUGAUUCGUACUACUCGUUUCCCGAUUCCGGCGACAAGAAGAAGAUGGACGUUGGUGACAUCGUAAUAUUCAAACACAAAGGAAACCUAGUAUUCGAAGUGUCUGUUUAUGAUGCCAACACAAGUUUAGAAAAAUUACCAUAUCACCACCCGAAUAAACAUAAUAAUCAGUCAAUAAACAAGAAAAGGAAGAAGAAUGAGAUGAUGAAAAAUCCAGAGGAGUUUGAGAAUAAUCAGAAAAAGAGGAAAUCCAUGACUGCAGCAGAAUCAAAAUCAAAUAUUCUCUCCCCUGUUUACGAAGUAAACAUUACGUUGCGUAACAUGAAAAGAAAUAUGCAGUACCUUCCAAGAAAAUUGGUUAGUGAGAAUGGACUAGAAAGGAACUGUAAUAUGAAAUUGGAUUAUGAAAAAGGGAGGAGCUGUGUAGUAGAAGCAAAAUUUUACCCUAGCAAAUCAUAUUCCUACAUUACAAAGGGUUGGACAGAUUUCCAAACUAAGAAUCACUUAAAGCCUGAAGAUCGCAUCAAAUUUCAACUUAUCAAGAAUGGCCAAAUACCUCAUUUUCGUGUUACUAAGGUGCAGAAGAAGAAUGAUCAUAAAGAGCUGAUGAUCACCCAGAAGAAGAAGAAGAUUGAGGCUGAUAAAAAGAGAAAAAGGGUUUACCCUUAUUUCGACACAUUCAUCCGGUUGAGCAACUUGGAAAAGAAAAAACUGUACGUGCCAAUAGGUUUUGUUAGAGAGAAUGGGUUAGAAAGACACUUCAAGAUGAUAGUGAAAAACGAGAGAGGAAGGAAGUGGGAAGCAGAUGCAAGAUUCAGUGCAGGAAAAUCAUAUUUCUACAUUACAAAGGAGGGUUGGGAUAGCUUCCUAAUUGUCAAUGGCCUAAAGAUUGGAGAUUGCUUGAGAAAGUUGGUUGAUGAUGAUGAAGAUGAAGAGGGCAAAGUGAAUGUUAAUUAG